CUUGAAAAGGAAAUCGAUGGCAAAAAAGGAUGGGUCGACCAUUUGUUCCAUAUAAUCUGGCCCCCUUCCGACAUCAACUACAAAUUCUGGCCUCAAAACCCCCCUUCCUACAGGGCUGCCAAUGAGGAGUACAGAAAGCACUUACAUGGGGUUGUGGACAAGCUGUUCAAAAGCCUGUCUCUGGGGCUGGGGCUGGAACCGCAUGAGCUGAAAGAGGGCGCUGGAGGAGACGAAUUGGUGUAUCUGCUCAAAAUCAACUAUUACCCACCAUGUCCCCGCCCUGAUCUGGCUCUGGGGGUGCCCGCCCACACCGACAUGUCGGCCAUCACCAUUCUUGUGCCAAACGAAGUCCAGGGCCUCCAGGCCUUCAGAGAUGGGCAUUGGUAUGACGUCAAGUACAUCCCAAAUGCCCUCGUCAUCCACAUCGGUGACCAAAUUGAGAUUCUGAGUAAUGGGAAGUACAAGGGCGUGUUUCAUAGGACGACGGUGGACAAGGAUAAGACGAGGAUAUCGUGGCCGGUGUUCUUGGAGCCGCCGGCGGAGUUUGAAGUUGGGCCGCAUCCGAAAUUGGUCGACGAGAAGAAUCCGGCGAAGUACAAGAGGAAGAAGUUCGGUGAGUAUGCGUAUUGCAAGCUGAACAAGAUCCCCCAGUGACUGAAUUUGAAACUGAACGAAAGAAAGGGUGUCGUUUGUUAUUGUAUUUCUCCGGCCACGGCGGCUCUGCUAACGAAGUCGGUGACGUGUGCGAUAUAGUAUUGUGUCACGAAAAUUGGCAUCAGGGGGCUGGCCUUCUUUCCAAUUAAUAACACGCCUAUAUUUACUUAUAAUGGAACUUUAUUAAAACAACAAUAUUUAAAGCUAACCACUACUUAAAAUU